AUGACGAUUUCAGGCCAGCAUAGUGGAAUCUGGGACCAUGAUGAAAGGGGUCUUGCGACGGAGGGAGAAGCGGUCAGGCUUCUGACAUCGGAGAAGGAAGAUCUGUCCGGUUUUCGCAGUUCCACAAUGAAGAAGGCAUAUCCGGCCAUGGUUGUGGAAGCUAGAUCCACGACGGAAGAAGGUGAGGCUGGGCUUCUGACGUCGAAGAAGGAAUAUAUAUAUUCGCUUGUCGUCGUCCCACCACUACUGUCGUCAAUCGCUCACGGAUAG